AACUCUUUGGUUGCUAGGUGUUUUAGCGUCCUAUUUGUGUAUGGUUGCUAGCUAAUGGCUAGCUGACUAAUAUUGUAAGUGAAGCCCAUAAGCCUUGUCAAAAAUGGAUUAUAAAAGAUUUAGUUGCGGACGAACACAUUGAAAGCGACAAUAGCCUAUAUUCACGAAUGUGUGAAAAGGGUGAGAAUGAUGUUAUGUUUGCUCUUAUCGUCAGAUAACGUUAACUGAUUAGCUUCUCUGCUAGUAACGUAGCUUAACUAGCUAGCUUGCCACAUUUUUUUGCAAACGUUGAUGUUGUCGUGAAGUUGACUUAGUUAGCUAACAUUAAAUUAAAUAGCUUUGAUUACGUUUUUUGGGUGCUACACUUAUAUGACUAUUUAAUAGUGCCAUGCAUUGUCCUGUCCUCACAGGCUCUGCAGAGUGCUUGAUGGAAGUGCAUGCGUUAUUUAAUGAGUGCAGACGUCUUUGCUGUCAGUAGGUGUUUUCAAGGUUUUGGUCACUCACAUGAGUUCCAGGGAGGCAGCCAAGAUGGGGGACAUCUUGGCAACAGAAGCCGACCUUCUUGGGAUGAUCAAGGAGUACCUUAAGUUUUAUGAAUUUGAAGAGACUGUGAACAGUUUGGACAAGGAGUGCAAAAACAAAGGCAAGCUCGUCUCAAAGCCUCAAGGAAAAACUAGAGACUCAAAGACUCGUGGCAUUCAGAAAGACCUUCUUAGCUCUUUUGAUGAUGGAGAUCACAAAGUGUUCUUUGAACUGUGGACAGAGAAUAUUCCCUCUGAGAUAAAAGACACAGACACCGAGGCCCAGAGCCUGGAGUUUUACCUUCACAUCCACUUCACUAUCUACCCACUGAGGAGGCACCCUGGUAGACACGACCAAGCUGAGUUUGAGGAGAGGAUUUCCCACUUCAAGCAGUACCUGGAGACUCGGGGAGCAGCGCUGAGCCAGACCUCAGAGUUCCUGCCUUACUAUGCCUUGCCCUUCGUUCCCAACCCUACCGUCCACCCCUCCUUCAAAGAUCUUUUCCAGAAUUCCUGGAUACCACAGUUGAAGGAUAAGCUGGAGCCGUUUCUGUCAGUGACCCUGAAGCAGUCCAACACCCCAAGGCUGCUGAAUUUAUAUAAGGAGGGAGGAAGGAGUACUAAAGAGGCCAUGCAGCAGUUACAUCUCCAACUAGUUGAAUCGGACCGGCGCAUCACUAGCUACGUGCGGAAGUUCAACAAGAUGCAGGCAGACUAUCACAACCUGAUUGGCAUCACUGCUGAGCUGGUGGACUCAUUGGAGGCCACCGUCAGUGGAAAAAUGAUCUCUCCUGAGUACCUGCAGACUGUGUGUGUUCGCCUGUUCAGCAGCCAGAUGAGGCAGAGUGUGGUGCAGAGCGCUGACUUCACCAGACCUGGCACUGGAUAUUACUCUAUGAGUCCCUAUGAUGAUGGCUAUGCCUCCUCAAUGCUACGAGCAUCCAUUGCGCCGCAGAAAUCCAAGGAGGUGCCAAUGCUGCCCUCACUGGACUAUGAGAAGCUGAAGAAAGACCUGGUCGAAGGCUCAGACAGACUCAAGGCCCUGCUGCUUCAGGCGCUGCGCUGGAGACUGACUCGCUCACUCCCUGGGGAACAAAGAGACACAAUACUUCAGGCCUUUAUCAGUAACGAUCUGAUGGAGCGCUACAGCACAAAACAGAAAAUGUUGCUUCAUUUAAUGAGAUCGAAGAACGAGACGGUCCGCCAAUACAUGGCUCGUCUCAUCAAUGCAUUCGCUUCCCUGGCAGAGGGUCGGGUUUACCUCUCCCAAAUCCCCAUUCUUCUGAAACUUCUGACAGAGGCACUCAGGACGGAGGAAAAAGACUCCCUGACGAGAGAGAAUGUGCUAGUUGCCCUGCAGAAGCUCAGCCUCAGGAGGAGCCAGCAGACUGCCAUGAUAGCAGCCGAUCUGAUUGGCUGGCUGGUGGAUGAGCUGCAGGACUCAGACUGCCUGAGUGACUACACCCUGGAGUAUUCUGCUGCUCUGCUCAUGAACCUGUGUCUGCGAACGAAAGGAAAAAGGAAGUGUGCAGAGAACGGCAGGCAUGUGCUAAAGGUUCUAACUGACGUCCUUGGACAUGAGAACCACGAGAUUCGACCAUAUGUGAAUGGAGCCCUGUACAGUAUCCUGUGUAUUCCCUCUGUGCGACAGGAAGCCAAAGAGAUGAGUGUGGAGGAGAUUCUCCGUUGCUACAGCAAAGAGGAGAACUCAGACCUCAACAGACAGAUUGAGUUCAUCAUUAAACAGCUAAACUCAGCUGAUGAAGAGGGUCCAGAGUCGGAUGAUGAAGAAGAUGAGGACGACAAUAAUGAAGAUCUAAUGGAGACAGACCUUGAUAUAGAGGAAGUUCUCCAACCACAGCCCAGGGAACUGUCUGGGGAGAGUCUGCUCACUACUGAGUACCUGGGAAUUAUGACCAACAUGGCAAAAGUGAAGAGGAAGUCAACCCCUCUGUCACGACCAAGCGUUGAUGAACCCCUCCAACGGCCAGUCACCCCAAGUUCUCAUCGUCAUUUCAACGCAGUGGAUUAUCGAUGCGACGGCCAGGGGGAUGAAGGUAACCGGCACAGGGGAUUCCCCCUUAGCAGACAGAAGAGCGAGGAAGGAAGCCUGCCUCCUUCUCGAUACAACUCCCGACCUCCGACACGCUCCGGCAGUCGCCCCAGCACUGCUGACUCCCUACGCCACAGUAUCGACUCAGAGUGCGGCCGGUUGUCCCAGGAGUCCGAGUUGGACGGGCCAUUCGAAGGGCGAGCCAGAAAAGGUUGUUCCCAGGAGGAACACAAUGGACAAUCCGCCAGCGAUUAUGUCCCUGCAGUUACAAGCCACCCCAAGAUUCCCCGUACGCCCGACGCAGCAGACAGCCAGAGCGUCGGUGAUCACCGGGCUCGAGGCCCCGCUCUGGCACCCCAGUUUUGCAACUCGGAGCCUCAGCAGAGCAGCCAGCCAGGCUCCGCCAGCUCCACGGGAGGAAGGGGGAAACAAAGUGGAAGCAGCCAGUCAAAGAGGAGGUGAAGAGGGAGUUGUCACCGUGGAAUAGCACUAUCUCCCCGGGAGCAUCGGGCUUCCUGUAACAUCAUCCCCCGAGGUUGUGAUCAGGGUCAGGGCAACAGAGAUGGCCGAGGAUCAGCAGCAGCAGGAGUAGGGGCUUAAACAAUGCGAAGCAUUGUGGCUCUCCGUUUUUUUUUUCUUCCCCCCUUUUGGCUUCAGCACAGACUUCUGUAACGUGAUAUAGACAAUAACCACAACCCCCAGCCGUCCAACCCUGUGUCACUUGUAGUCUUAGUUGGCCCUGCAUUUCUCCACUCUCUCAUCAAGGUGGACAUCCUCCAGCCGUGAAAAAAAGUCACCUGCAACAAGAUGCAGGUAAUCUAACUCGAACGUAUAGCUCUGACUCGGGGCAGUUCAAGGGAAAACGUUUCCGGGUUUUCUGACGUAAGCACAUUGCAUGUCUUCACAUGCACUCAAGACCUUUUUUUUUAUUUUUUUUUAUAAACCCUCAAUAUCUGUAUUUACGUCUGAAUACAAGCUGACGCGUUCAGACUUUAAGACACAUGGUUUUACCUGUUUUUUAACUACACAUAAACCGGGCAUGAAUGGUUUAGGAUACCUGACAGAACUAGGCAUAGAGAUACAAUGUAUUAUCAUUUUUCUGUGAAUAUCACAAAGUGUAUUUCAUUUGAAAUGAGGCAUGGCCAGGACUCCUUUUGUCUUCGAAUUGAUUGCACAGAUAUUAAUCAAGCUCUCAUCUUGAUUCUACAAAUCUGUCAUUCUGAUUUUCACCACGUACUGUAUUUAUUCAUUUUUGACUGGUUGAAAAUAUCCAUCCACAUGAAUAAAUCAUUUUACCGGCUUUACUUCAAAUAUUACACAUUGUCUCAUAUCAGAGUAGCUGCUCUUGUUUAACUUAUGCUUCAGGAACUGUUUACAGAAAGACACAGGUCUUGACACGAGUGGUCAGGCUAGUGCUA